UUUGGGAACUCCAUCCCCUUCCAAUCCAUGGCGGCCGGGGCGAGCUCCCCGUCUCCGGGAACGAGCGAGAUGGCGUCGCGUUUGCUCUUGCGCCCCUUCACCUUCGUCACCGGCAACGCCAAGAAACUCGAGGAAGUGAAAGCCAUUCUUGGGAACUCCAUCCCCUUCCAAUCCCUCAAACUCGAUCUACCAGAGUUACAAGGUGAACCUGAAGAGAUAUCGAAAGAGAAGGCUCGUAUGGCUGCUCUUCAGAUAGAUGGUCCAGUUCUUGUUGAAGACACUUGCUUGUGCUUUAAUGCACUUAAUGGCCUUCCAGGCCCUUACAUAAAAUGGUUUCUCCAGAAGACUGGGCAUGAAGGGCUGAAUAAUUUGCUCAAAGCUUAUGAAGACAAAUCAGCAUAUGCUAUGUGUAUAUUUUCUCUUGCUCUUGGUCCAAGAGUAGAACCAAUUACUUUUAUAGGGAAAACACAGGGAAAAAUAGUUCCUGCGAGGGGACCGCCCGACUUUGGAUGGGAUCCAAUCUUUCAACCAGAUGGAUAUGAGCUAACUUAUGCGGAGAUGCCGAAGGAGGAGAAGAACAAGAUAUCGCAUCGUUCCAAAGCUCUUACCAUGGUGAAAGCCCAUUUUGCCUCAGCUGACUAUGUUUUCCAAACAGAUAAAUCUGUUUGAUGAUCACUCUUGAUUAAACUUUCCAAGUGUUAGGGAAAAAAAUUGUGUUUAGUUAGCAAAAGAUAUUGAAAAUGAUUUUGCCUUGUACUUUGAUGAAAAGUGAGAUAUUUAUAACAGUUGGUGCUUCACUCUUAAAUGCCAAA